AUGACAGAACUUAACUCAAGCCUUCAGCAACUAACAUGGCUUCUUUUAACUCAUAGUCAGCCAACCACUAGCUCCAAUCAGAUACCUUUACAUUCCAAUUAUGAAUCUCACCGCACAGAAAAUAAGAAGUUUCACGAAGUAUCCAACCAAUCGGCAUCGCGUCAAAUCCCCAAAAAUUCUACACGAGUUCGCUUCAAAGACCCCAAUAAGCCCGUGUUAUCUUACACUCAACUCAUAUAUCAAGCAGUAAUGGCUUCCCCUCGCAAAAGAUGUACUUUGAGUGAAAUUUACUCUUACAUCACCAGUAAUUUCGACUAUUAUCGGAAUACGAAGAACUCAUCCUGGAAGAAUUCAAUUCGUCAUAACCUAUCUGUCAGCAGAAUUUUCAGAAAAAUGGAUAAAGUUCAAGGAGAAAAAUCAUUCACAUGGGUUCUGGACAACGAUCACGUUGAGCUUCACAAAAAUCCGAAAUUGUUCCAAAGUCAAACAAGAAUUAAUCCAAUCAUCAAGCGAAUGUUCAAAAUUGACACUGAUGAAACGGAGGAAGUCUCAGCCCAAAUUGUUUCCUCGUCAACAAACAAUGCAUCGCAAUCGCCAUCACCUUCGCUCCCACCUUCAUCCACACCGAACUCAUUGCAACGGUUUUCAUCGUCUCCAAAUGUCUGGUCUCCCUCUUCUUCGAAUUCCUCAACAUGCUCUGUGUCCUCUUGUACUUCUAAACCGUCCGCUUGUCCGGUAUCAUCCGUGCAAACUGUUUCGAACUCAGCCAUGAGAACGAGCUCAAUCACUCAAGCUUAUCAACAACCCAUGAAAGUAGAUGACACUGCUUUGAAGAAGUUUUCGCAAAAAAUCUCUAACUUGGAUGAUGAUGAAGAAGAAGAAGAUAUCUCAGGAUUGAGCCUAUUUGCAUCACAAGACUUAACAGCCUCAUUCAAAAAGGUUUACGAGGAUUUAUUCUCUAAUGAACGCGAUAACCUGAAUAAAAAUCGCAACUUUGCUAAAAUAGCACUUGAGGCUGCAGGCGUCUCAUUGGCACACGCCCAAAACUUAGGCAAAUCAGGCUCCUUCCAUAACAUUCAAUCUCUCAUUCACACUACAUCACAUACAAAUCAAACAUCAUCAAGUAAAGCUGCUCGUCAUGAUGUCAAUUCAACAAUAUUGCCUGCAAAUGCAGUAUCAACUACAAACGCUGAUGCCGAUAUCAUUAUAGAUGUUUCUGCUCCAAACUUGAAUGAAGAAGAAAUUGUUAAUGUAGAAGAUGAUUCAGAAGAUGAUUUCGACUGGAGUCGAAUAACAUAA